AUGGCUGACCGGGUCGUCCCGGCAGGGUCCUCGUCUACGGAUUACCUGAAGAAGCCAUACAAGCUUCUUCGCCAAGGCGCAGAUGCCACCGUAACAGAUGAGGAUGGCAAUGGCGCGUUCCACUAUCUGGUGCAGAGCGACAUGUUCAAGAGUCCUGCCGCGCCCCGUACAUCCUUUUGGGCCCGGCGGGUACGGGCACCGUCGCCGGUCGACGACCCAUCCAUGACGAUGGAAGGGCUCAUCCACGGCUUGCAGGCCGCCGGGGCGGACAUCAACCUCCAGAACAAGGAUGGCGAGACUCCGUUACACGUGCUGUGCAGGAAUGCCUCCUCCCGCAAAAAACUGGACGAUAGGCUCUGUGAAAGUCUGUGUCAAGCUGGAGCUGACCUCAACAUCAGGGACGGUCAAGGUCGCUCGGCGGUGUUCUGUCUUUUUCUGACCGGGCCACUCAACUAUUGGAACAAGGACAAGGGCGAGCAUCUGUGCCAGCUUGUGUCGCGUCUUGGGGGUCGCUUUGAUGUCCAAGAUAACUACGGCCGGAAUGUGAUACAUUGCUUGCUUUCUAGUAAAGGUGACGUGCACUUGUCUCUUGUUGAGGCACUGGCUCGUCACGGUGUCGAUCCCUCUGCUGUUGACGAUGAAGGCAACACUCUGUGGCACACCGCUGUUGACCGUCUGGCAAGACCGCCCCAAGGAGACAAGCCUUUAAGCGAUCUCCUACUGCGUCUGGGUGCCGAUCCUCAGAAGCCGAACAAAAGGGGCCGCAAUCCUCUUGACGGCAUGAGCUCUCUCCAGGCACCAGUCCUCAGCUGGCCUUUGAAGAUUUUCCCUGCGUGCAUACCAGAUCUGAGGACGACAGCAUUCGACUGCCUGCUACAGAUCUAUCUGGAAACCGGCUAUGACCUUGAUUUCCGCGAUAAUCAAGGAAUCACUCCCCUGCACCUGACCUGCACCUUCUCGGAAUACCAGGCUGGGCGUCUUCUGCAAGCUGGGGCCAACCCAAAGAUACCUACGCAUGAAGGUCUGACACCUUUCCACCUCGCGGCACGAUGCAGACAAGCCAAUAUCAUUGGACUCUUGCUAGACAAAGCAAAGAGAGGCGAAUCUGGAUCAGGCGGCCUGCGAUCGAGCUCAAUCCAUGAAUUUGCCAAUGCCAAGGACGCCCAUGGAAAGACGGCUCUCUACUACGCCUGUGCCUCCGGCAGGGCCGAGAGUGUUGCAUUGCUGCUUGAUGCCGGGUGGUCGGUCCAAAGCGAUGAAUACAGCGGAUCCGUAUGGCAAGCGUGUGCGGAAUUUGAGGAAGAGCAGAUGAACUGGAGCAGCUCGCCUGCUGCCCUAGGCACCCAGCUGACCGCUUCCAGCGUUCUGAUGGAAGACAAGAAGCGACCAAUACUAGACAGGGCGAACAAGUUUUCCCGCGAGCAUCUGGUGGAUGUGCUAAGGCUUCUUCUCCAGCGCCAGGAUGCUCCUGGAGCAAUAGCCGGCUAUCUGGACAAGUCAAUAUCGGUCGCGGCGGCAAAGCAGCUCGAUUACACGGUUGAGUGUUUGGUACAGGCCCGCAAGUCGUUGCAACAUUCACUAGAGCUGGGCAUCGCGACAAUCACGCUGGAUGGACCUACCUCGGCCUGCCUGGCCAGAGUCAGUGCUCACGGCAUCGCAGAAGCUGCCAGUUUAUCCCCACAGGCUUUGAGGGCGGAAUUCAAGCGACUUAUGGAACUCCGGCGGCACAAUCUUGUACAGAAGCUGCUUCUAGAGCACGGCUGGGGUGAGCUUGACGGAGAUGGAAACACAUUCAUCCAUGAUCUGGUACAGCAUGGAUUCAUCUCGGUCUUGCGGGGCCUCACGCCGUUAGUGAAGGAAUUAUCAACAAAGUUGGAAGACGUAGAAUGGUGUGACAAACAGAAGCUAGCGUCAUCGAAAGCCUCCUUCAUCAAUGGCUUCCCCAAGACGAUUGAUCAGCACUUCGGUCAGGGGUCCACACAGCCUCUCCUCCUCGCCGCCUGCCGGAGUGAAGAGCCAAAUAUGGAGGUGAUCAGGUUUCUUGUCGAGGAGAUUGGUUGUAAUGUGAAUACCCAGGGAUACCUGAGGGUUCGCAUCCCAAACUCACCGACUGGGCACGGUAUAUGCAAACACGAAACACCGAUCCACACGCUUGUCCGGGGCAAGACGAAUUGGUGGCAUACCUCGGAGGCCCUAUCGUAUCUCGCCCAGAACCAAGGUGCGAACCUGGAGGUAAAGGACUAUUUUCAGAGCACCCCACUGGCUGUUGCUGUGUCCCACAUCGGGCGGGUCACCUUCAACCGCGGCGCCGUCGACAGGCUGUUAGAGUUCGGGGCGGACGCCAAGGCGGUGGACCUGAGCUGGACCUGCGAGAGCGCCGAGUUGACUAACCUGCUCCUCUCCAGGGGUGCGAUAGUGAAGCCGGCGGCCAUCCUCGCGGCCGUGAGGAGCAGGAAUUGCGAUGUACUGGACAUGCUACUCUCACGCGGCGGGGACGUGAACGCGAGGGAAACAUCUGUUCUGGCGGCACACCACCACCAGGAUACCGCCAUCUAUGUCGAGACCACGGCGCCGCCGCGCGAGAAGUGGCUGCCAAGGACCGAGUUUGAGGAGCGCCUCCGGGGCGACAGGUGCUCGCAGGAGCCAGAGCCGCCGCCGCCGCCGGUGGAUACGGAGACGACGACCUUCACCAUCCCGGCGCCACCAUACGUCCCCGAGCGGCAGAUGUACCCGCUCGACUACGCCGCGCACCUGUUCUCGCGGCAGCCGGAGCUGGACGAGUUCGCCCGCGAGAGCCAGCCGGGCGGCAAGCACGUCGAGGUGAACCACGCGCGCGCGCGCCCGCUGCCCGCCGACGAGCUAGCGCGCGUGAUCGAGCUGCUGAUUGCGCACGGAGCCGACGUCAAGGCUGCGUAUAAGGUCGAGGGUGCGAGGAUGAGCAUCAAGGAUAGGAUCGUGCAGCGGGCCGCGGAAUGCCGGCUCCUGCCGCUUGGGAGGCCGCAGCUGGCAAGGAAGAUCUUGGAGCUCUGUAAGGUGGAUCCCGAGGGGGUCCUUUAA